AUGCCUGAAGAACAACCACAGACCAGACCGGCCCAAAAACUUCCCAGAGCCGAGUUGGCCCUUGCUCUGGCAAUUGUCAAGCUCAAACCAGCUGGCAUCUCGGUGAAAGCCCACAUCCACAAUCUUCGGAAAACCGUCAAAACCGUCCACCGUAGCAAGUCACAUCUCACGGAGAAGUUCUGGGACAGUGCUGCCUAUUGGCGUAAUGCUUUUCUGAAAUCCGAGGCAGAACAGACGGCCCUCCACAACAAGAUCUUCGAACUGGAGCAGAAACAAACAGAGCUGCUUUUGAAGCAAAAUAAGCUACCAGAACGACGGAAACGUGAUCUAGGUGCUUUCCAAGUACAGCUCCACAGUGCCCGAAAGCGAUCAAGGAGAUUCGUUCCUGAUCCGCUUGCGACAGAGUGGACUCGCUUCAGGAAUACCUUUAAAGGAAUACCCUUCCUGAAGCACAUGGUUUAUCUGACACGGGCCCUGCACACUCUCCGUCCGACAGAGGAAAAGAAUAAGGUUUUGGCGAUGUGCGCAGCUAAUCUCUGCAAAGAAGCAGAGAGGAGCAUUUUAGUCUCGGUCAAGUCUCAAAUUGAGACCAAUAUGGCUUCGGAGAUGCCUCAACUCUGGACAUACUCCCAGCCAAAAUUCACAGCAGUUACGAAAGCCGUAGAAAUGUCGUGGCUGUUGCUACAAGAGGUGCUUGUGAAUUGCGAAUGGUCCGCCAGUCCUGCCGACCCCGGUAAACAGGUCGUCUAUUACAUGGUAUGUCUCACCGAGUCGAUCGCGACUGCGCUUGCGGAAUUUUGCAAAGCAUUCUCAGAAGCGAAGAUUCCUCGGCCCCGCCCUGACACCGUUCUGAUGAAUUUGUUAUACGACAAUCCGGAAUACGAGCCCACCCAGGAAUAUCAUGAAGCAGAAUACCUCCUCACCUAUCUUCUUUGCGACAUGGUCUUCUCAUUGGAUCUGAACGAGGAGCCCUGUCGAGCAGUCUUGGAAGGAAUGCUCCACGUCAUGAUCAAUCGUGUCGGACAGUUGCUUUCUUUCUUGUGCUUCGAUGGCAUGGUGUUCCCACACGUUUCUGUCCCGGACUUGAGACCUCCCGAGGGUCUUCAGAAGAUGAUCGUGUCUGGCAUGACACCUGAAUGGGCUGAGAUUGAGGGAAGACAACUCAUUUGCUUCCUGCGCGAAGUUAAGCUGAGGGCCAAAUUCUUCUCCGUUGGAGAAUUCACCAUGAACGACGGUUCCCGAACUGGUUUGAUCGGCAAUUGGUUCAAGCCUACCAAAGUCACCGGGACUCGCUCCGAAAGCGACGUGAGAGCGGAAUUGCAGAAAAAGAUGACGAAUCAGUUACUCCAGGCGAUUUUCGGUGAAAAAGAGGCCAACUUCCGCAAUGGCCUCGCUCGUCCGUCGACACCGCCUCCUGUUGACGAGGUACCGUUCAAUCGAGCGUGCUCAAGCUUCAAGGAAUGGUUCAUCACCGAAGUGUGGUACCUGGUUGGUUGGGAGUGUAUUGAGAAGAUGAAACCCGACACUUCGUCAUAG